GACGUCAUAAUCGAAAUACCAAUGCCGUAAUGAUUUACGUACUGGUUCUAUUCAUUUUUGUAUCUAAAUCUGCAGUAAUUCUGUGGAAUGUUUUUCAAUACUCUACGGGCCAGACUUAUUUAAUUUACGGAAUUUGAACACUGAACACACAUCUUAAGGACCUCCUCCAGGUAAAGCUCACAAUUCGUGGGGCGCCAUGGCCCACUUGUACGAACAGGUGCUCAGCAUCGUCACGAAGCCGCCGGAGGAAAGACAGGAAAAGGAAAUACAGCGAAUCGUUUACUGGUUUCGGAAAAAGUCGGAACUCUUCAAAGAUCUCAAAGAAGAAAUCAUUCUGGAUAUUUUGAAGAACUGCCAAUUCACCCCGUGUAACCGAGACGAUAUCAUCAUACGGCAGGGCGAGAAAGGAGACUGUUUUUACAUCAUACUCACGGGUAGUGUUGCUAUCUACAUCAACACGAACCUGUACGAUGAAGACCCGGAGGACGACGUUCGGGUGAGGGUCAGGGAGAAGAAGCCGUCGUUCUCCGCCAUGAAGCCGCUGAAUAUCGGCAAGGGACUUUCAGUGCAGAAUCUCGACAGAACCAAGUACGGAAAUUACAUCGGCAGAAUAGCCGCCGGUAAGUCUUUCGGCGAGCUAGCACUGAUCAGGACCGAUUCGGUCCGGAAUGCUACGAUCAUCGCCAACGAACUGACGCACCUUCUCGUUGUGAAUCGUGACCUGUACAACCGGUCGCUGCUUACCUACCAGGCGCACGAAUACGAAAAAAAGAAGACCUUCGUCGACAACUACCCGCUGUUUCAGCACUGGCAGCCCAAGUAUAAGAAGAUGAUGGCCAUGAGUCUUGUGAAAAGCAAUCUCAAGUUCGAGGACGUCAUCAUAAAGCAAACGAAUCCAGUAGAGGGACUUUAUUUUGUUAUUAGUGGGCAGGUUAAGGUUGUGAUUGAUGCAAGCUUACAUUCAGAACAAUAUCCAGAUCUUUAUCCCAAAUCAAAUGUCGCGGAUCUAGAAAAGGAGAAAGCUAGGGACAUUCUAAGGAAAGAAAUGAGCUUACAGAGUUUGAAAACGGUAGACAAAAAAUCAACAUUUCAGAGAAAGCUUCCUCAACAUGAAUCAAAGAAAGAAAAUCAACGAUACAUCGAACUUUGUCUUCUAGGAGCUGUAGAAAUAAUAGGCGAUUUGGAACUGAUGUUGGGUUUACCGACUUACGCAGAAACGAUCAUCUGCACACAAGAAGCUGAAAUCUUUUUCCUAGGCUUGAAAAACUACGACAGACUCAUCGAAAAACGAAAUCCUCUAACCAUAGACAUAAUGAGAAACAUACUACACACGAAACUAACGCUGCACUUCCAGCGCCUGAGCGAAGAUAAGCUACCGCUAUUUCGGUUCUUCCUCUACACCCUGGACGAGAAGGAAAGGACAAACAAAAUGAGAGACUCCCACCAGUCUUCGAGUUGCUCCAAGUCUGGCACGUGCUACACUUCCAUAGACAGUCUGAGGAGGGGGCCGCUCGUGAACCUGUUCGGUCCCGGGAGCGUGUUCUACAUCAUUCGAAUGCGAGAAAAGGAAAGAAAGAGGCGAGCGGCCAUGCGUCACCAGGAUCGCAGAGGAGUAGGAGGAGGAGGAGGAGGACCUAGUACUGCAGCUACCGCCGUCGCUGCUGCUACCGCUGGUGUUGGUGCUGGAGCUGCCGGGGCUGGGGUAAAGGACGGUGGGUCUCCGUCUCACCUUCUCAAUCAGGGCAAGAGAAACCUAUUCGACGACAUGGCAAGGGGAUUAAUCCCCUCCAUUGACAUCGACACGUCCAUUUUGGAUACCUUCCAGAAUCAGCGGGAGUUCGCCACUGCGUCGAUGACGUCUAGAUCGGCUCCUGCCGAGAGCGCUGCUCCGAACUCGGCCGAGUACGAGUACGGCCACUCGGAGAGGAUGGAUUCGGUGAAGCUGGCGGAAGAGAGAGGGCGGUGCGAGUGGUGUGACGAGCUGCAACUGACGGUCGGGGACCAGGCCCUGUCCGAGCUGGAGGACCGCAUACAGGCCUGGUACAACAGCUUCGGGGACUCCGUGGCCAGGGUGGAGAGAACGGUCAACAAACCCGUCAAACUGCACAGAUUCCAGGUUGAGGAUGAAAGCCUUAAACCGAAACCUGGUAACAAAGUGUACGUCCGAGGACGAUACCGCGCCAAAAGUGUCGGUGUAGACUCGUCCCGCGACCUGCUAGCAUCAUCAGUCAAAUUCAGCAAAUCACAUUGCGGGACCACGCGAUCUGACAUGAGGAUAGCUCCCGUCGCAGACUGGACUCGUUUUGGCGCUCGCCCCAAUGCUGGUGAAACACUCAGAGAAAUAAAGUCUCGACAAUCCAGGAGUGAAUGCAGUCGUCGCUCACAGUUUCCAAUCAGCUUUAAAAAGAAUGACCAAAAGAGACAAUACACGUUGGAAGAAUAUCUAGCCCUAAAAGAAGAACUCCGGCGUCGCCAGAGGGCGUACAAGUCGUUUUUACCCAUGAAAACUUCAACCUUCUAAUAGCCGAAACACUACAGCACCCAUUCCGGGUGUAUCCGUAAAUUAAUCUGGACAGUUUCAGUUAAAAAAAACCCAACAAACAACAAAAAAUAUUCAACAUAAUUUUCUCUACUCAUAUUCUCAGAGUUCGCACGAUCCUUUAAUGUGUUUAAGUUUACCAACGUCAAUACUAACAAUCUUGAAACCCUCAAAGAGGGUACAUUUUCAUAUUUGGCACUGAAGGGUCUCUGUAUUUUAAUUGGAUUCGAAUGCAAAAAAACACACAAAAAAACAACAAACAUAAGUCGAUCGACAACAAAUACUUGUGUAGGUGGACGUAGCAGUAUCAGUUUUGAAGGAGUGGUGCAUUAAUAACGCAAAUAAUACAGGAAGGACACGCAAGCUAAAUAAAAGCCCAGCUCUUGUUUUAAGUUAUACUAGGUCUAGAAAACUGAGAAGAAAUCCACAGCUGCCUUAUGGGUUAUUUUAGUCAAGUGGGGGUGGGGAGGGUCGAUUUGGAGUAGGGGAUCUUUUAAUUGCAUUUAACCACAGACCAGCAUGAACUGUGGCUUGUUAUUUACUUACACAGCGUGUAGUCAAAAUGGGAAAUACAAUACAAAAAAGGAAUUGAUCUUGUGACUAUUACUAUAUCCACCUGGCUUUGUAUCGCUAGGUGUUUGGGUCCAAAAACUGCACUGUGCCAAAUUUUUACACAAGAGUGAGUGAGAGUGAAUGGCCGUCUGAGUGAGUGGGUGACUGAUUGAUUAAGUGAGUAAGUUGCCAACUGAGUGUGAGGGUGACUGAGUGAGUGAGAGAGAUGAAUGUAUCUGUUUUCUGGUUAUGUUGUUAGCCAUUAUUUUUAUCUUACCUUAAUCAAAAAAGGUACACACUAGCUAUUUGGGUGUUUUAUUGGUACAUGCUACUGCACUGAAACCUAUGGCGAUGCCAACACUUUUGGACGAAUUUGUACAUCAAUAAGGACAAUUAUGAUUUUGAUUUAAAAUUGAAAGACAAACAGGGCGCUAUUUUCUUACCAACGGUGAUUCCAAAAUUGAUCAGAUGGCAUAGAUUGGAAACGUUUCGUUCGUCUGUUGAGGUUGUUAGGAUCAGUGGUGGUCUUAAAGGGGGGAUGGGGCGGAGGGCGGCAAAGCUGGCAAUUCUCCGUAAACAAGCAUUUUAUAGGGUUCUUUUAGUAUUGCAGAUGUUUAAUUGAAUAAAGAAGUCGAUAUACUGAAUCGCAACUAAAAGUUUUAAAAUUAAUUAUUUGAUCAAAUUAAAAAUGUUAAAAGGCCAAACGGCUUCCAUGUCCAGCGAUCCUCAGAAACUCUACAAUUACCGCCGUUAAACUGUUGCUUCCCGUGUGGUCUUUCUGGAACGAUCAAAGUUGCACAAUUUGUUACUGUUAUAUUCGUGUUUGUACUCAUUCUUUAUAUUAUCAUGAAGUGAAAAUAGUUUUGUAUGAUAAAGAAAAACAACUGUAUUUGAUGCCA